AUGGGGAUGCUAACUUUUGCCCGGUUCCUGACUAGGCCUUAUCCUAACCAUCGGGACGGCCCUACCAUCUUCUCCUUCCAGCAACAGUUCCUGAUGGACGAAUCUAGUGCGCGAGAGCGCAGUAAGUCAGACGCUUUGGCGCCUGACUCCCUGGCCACAACACCCCUCUCCACAGCGACACUGUCGCGGACAAACUCUUUCUCGAAUAGCAGCUCGUUCCAGGAAGACUGGGAGACUUUUCCUCCUCUCGACAAGUUGACGAUCUUCGAUUUGCUGGAUAACAUCAAGAUUAGCCAGCGCCUGGAGCGGUGGCAAGCGGCGCUCAACAUGCAACGUGAGAAGGUUCGCAAACAACGCGAGAAGCUGCGCUCGACUGGGCAGACCGCGCGGGAUCGUGUGGUCGGAGAGUUGAAGCGACGCGUUCCGACGGCCGACGAACAACUCGAGAAAUACCGUCGUCGUAUGGACCAGGGUGUCGAGCGCUUGAGCAAACAAUGGGGCAAGACUGCGACCGUUAGUGUCCGUGAGAAGGUGUCGUUCAUCGCUGCGGUGUUAAACAUCUUCUUCAGCGGCUACAUUAUCGGCAACUGCCCGGAGUACUUCUACCUCUGGUUCACGGUUCAAGUGAUUUAUUUCAUGCCUAUUCGUUAUUACACCUACCAUGCCAAGGGGUAUCACUACUUCUUGUUCGAUCUCUGCUACUUUGUCAAUUUUCUGAAUUUGCUUUCAAUUUGGGUGUUUCCGAAUUCGAAACGCUUACUUAUUGGAACGUACUGCUUGACCUUUGGGAAUAACGCCGCGGCGAUUGCGAUGUGGCGCAACUCGCUGGUCUUCCACAGUAUGGAUAAGGUUGUGAGCGUUUUUAUCCACAUUAUACCACCUGUGGCUCAACAUUGCCUUGUGCACCUGACUCCUGUGGAGAUGCUCAAAGAGCGUUUCCCGGCAGUUUAUGCGAUCAAAUUCAGCCAGCCCGGAGACCCGGAGCAUUACUCCUUGAGUGCCAUGUUGGUCUGGGCCACUGUGCCAUAUCUUGUCUGGCAGCUCUCGUACCAUUUCUUUGUCACCGUCCGACGGGCUGACAAAAUCGCUGCCGGUCGCCCGACCAGCUUCACCUGGCUGCGGAAAUCCUACGCCAAGGCUUGGAUCGGACGAUUCGUUCUGAGUCUUCCAGAAGCCUUGCAGGAACCAAUGUUCAUGGCCAUCCAGUACAGUUUCGCACUCACCACCAUGCUCCCCUGCCCCAUCUUCUUCUGGUCGAAGUGGGCCAGUGGUCUUUACAUGCUGGCCUUGUUCACCUUGACCGUCUAUAAUGGUGCCACUUACUACCUUGAUGUUUUCGGCAAGCGCUUCCAAAAGGAACUGGAGCAAUUGAAGAGCGAUGUUGCGCGCUGGCAAAGUUCUCCCGAAGGUCUAAACAGCCCGCUCAUCGUUCCCGAUACCCCUGGCUCUACUGCUGCCGACGCUGCCCACAAAACUCAUCCCCGCAUGGAAAAGCGAUCCAGUGUCGACCGUAUUCCGAUGCUGGACGCCACCUCGGCUGUCUCGUCUGCUGUGCCUGGGACCGCCCAGAGCAUGGAUUCAGUUGUGCGUGAACGAUCCUGA